GUCAACGUUCACGGCAAAGCUUCGAUUGCCUGAUACUACAGCAGAUUUCCUGCAGCAUCUUCUACGUCAUAACAUUUAGACGAGACAUGAAGGCGUCCACAAGUGUUUUGCUUUUCCUGGUGCUAUCCGCAUCCGUGCUCUCGACGGCCCAAGCGGCCAGGAGCCGGACCAGCAGCCAGAAUAGCUUCCGACGGGCGGCCAACGGCAUCUACCAGACGCUGAGCAACGUCUUCGGGGAGGAUAACAUCCGAUGCCUCUACAAGUUUUUCUCCAAAGCAACAGAGCGCUUUGUACAUGGCGUAGACUCCUUCCUUGACACCAUCUGGAAAAUCUGGACGGAUCUCCUUGAUAUUAUGGGCAUUGACUCGUCCAACUUGAGUCACUACUUCAGCCCGGCAUCCUUGAGCAGCAACCCGGCACGCGCCCUGCCCCUCGUGGCCGGUGCCCUAGCAGGCCUGUGGUUGCUGUCGGUGUUUCUGGGCGGCGUCUUCUACAUGCUGCACGUCGUCUUUGGCCGCUUCUUCUGGAUGGCGCGCGUGCUUCUGUUGACCCUGGCCUGCCUGUACUUGCUGCAAAAGUUCGAGGGCGACCCAGAGCGCACGCUGUUGCCUCUGUGCGUCAUCCUGGUGCUGUACUUCAUGACGGGUCCCGUGGGCAUGUACUGGCGACGCGGCACCGGCUCCAUGGAGGAGAAGAUAGACCACAUGGAGACUCAGCUCCGCCUGCUCAAUAUGCGGAUGAAUCGGAUAUUCGAGCUGGAGACCAUGGACGAGUAGACGCGGCGGCGCUCCCUCUUAUCGGUAUGCAAAGGUCCCAACUAGAAUUUCUGCGGGUCGAGUUCAUAGUCAAACAUCAAAAAUGUCAAGCCUUUGUUUGCAUGAUUGUCCUGGCUACAGCGGUACCUCAAAGGUCAAAACAUUCAUUUUGAAAGAGUGUCCAGGUCAGGGUAAAGUCACAUUUGAACAGUUAACUGUUGUACAAGUAUAAAAAGAAAUCUAAUGGAAUCAGUAAACGGAGCAAGGCAAGCUUUCAAAAUACUCACCCACUUCCUCCCUUUGUGGCAAACAAUUUCUUCCUUGACUUCACACCACCGUCAUUGCUAACUAGCAUGACACUGGAACACAAGUAUUUUCUUAAUAUUGUUAAAAGACUAAAACGAAGCCUGCCAAGGCGCCGAUAUCCCCCUAGUUAGACCUUGGCGGUACCACGUAUUCCACAAAAACCAAGUCCUCUAUUUUGCAAGAUGUUCAAUUAUUUCACCAGUGCGUGUACAACACUAUGACCUGUUUUAUUCAGUUUUGUUUUCUAGUCACACCGGGUGUAAAAAUAGUCCUCAUACUCAACCUAAUUGAGUAAAGGUUUUGGGACAGACCACCAAACAGGUAGUUAAAAUGUCUGAGCGGGUGGCGGUGAGGUGACAUCUGUUAUGAGUACUUAAGUCCACGCUGUGUGUAUAAUAUUACAGGAAUGUCUCCUACCAUGGAUACACAACACUAUUCUCAGGGACUAAUUGGACUAAACAUUUUAAGUAGAUCAACCUUUCCCCCCCCCCUGCUGUGAUCAAAUAAUCCUGCUCAUGUUUAUUUUCAAUUGUUUUAAAUUAAAUGUCAUCUCUGUUUGCCCCGAACAAAUGUUAAUGAUGGCGAGUUCAUGAAUUCUCUUGUCACGCAUUCCGGACUCUAGAGACGUCAUUUUGUAAUUGUAAUGGCGCGCCAAGGCCAAAGAAGCAACUAAUAAUAUCGCAGAAUGUAAGCGUUCUCAACAAGCAUACUGUGAUGAAUUCGGAACCGCAUAUGCCGUAGAUAGCUUUUAAUUGUCCCGAUGAAUCUGUUUGCAUCCAUGUUGUCUUAAUAUGAAGUGAUGGAUCAUACAUCUGAAUACCACAGAGAAAAGUUUCUUGCCGUGUUUGAGUCAAUAUUACAACCUGUUUAUUUUUACUUAAGAAGCGAUUGUGAAGGAACAAAUGUGUGGGGAGGGGAGGGGUAAUAGAGGUUAUUAAAUGUGUUCCAGGGUCGGGGCGACUUUUUAUACAGGGGUCAUGCUCAAUGUAUGAAAUGUGACACUGUUUUAUUUUGCAUUUUUGAUUUUUUUUAAUUUGAAGAACAGCAUGGCAGUCUGGCAAAGGUUCUCAUAUGGCCCAGCCAUUUUAGUCAUAUACAGUGUAUGUCAAAGUACUGGUGAGCUUCAUUUGGUAGCAGGUGAUGGAUGGAUGGACGGACGGGCGGACGGACGUUUUACUACAAACAACGUGUUGUGUUUGCUUUUUGAUAAAAAUUGUUUUACAUGUCAGUUUAGAGACGCUUUUUGGGCUGUCUGGUCAAUAAAUUCAUGGAGCUGGAAAAUGGUCAAGUUUACAAAAAAGUGCUAUGCAUAUGUGGGAUUUUACGCUGAAAGGCACUUCAGUUUCGCAACUACUGCACUAUUCCCGCUUGAAAAAUGCCAAUACUGCAUUUGAUUCAUGAACCAAUUGUAUCCUCGCUGUUCCUGUUUCCACAUGCAGCCUUUUUCUGUUAUGUGCCAACUUGAAUCGGCAGGUUUGAUUUAUGUGUGUGCGUGCGCAUGUAUGUCUUUUUUCCCCCCCUCAUUUUGUCUUAAUUGUAUAUGUAGUCUUGACCACGUGGAAAGUUGUGAAAACUGUGAUUUUGGGUGUACGUGUUUGUGAGUUUAUACGCAAAAAUGUCCGUGGUAGUAAUUGAAUCUUGUGUUGUUGUGGGCGUGCGUGAACAUUUGCAAACAAAUUCCAUAUUUAAAUGAAACGAAUUAAAGACAGAAACACAAA